AUGGGAUCACACACAGGCUUACCCGACGAACUCUAUCCUUUCGUAUUUUAUCCUCCCUUCGCGCCACUGCAACGUGAGAGAGAGAGAGAGAGAGACUACGAGGACGACGACGAUGAUGCUAACUGCACCCGACUGCUUCUCUGCGUCCGGCGCGCUUUCCCUCUCUUCACGCUACAAAUCUCCGAGGCUCUUCGGACGCUUCAAUUUGAAUAUAGAGAAGACGACGACGACGCGAACGUUUCGAUGCUAUAAAGCGAGUCUGAUUACGAAUCCCGAGUCGUUCGAAGUCGGAAGGCUUGUCGGUAGCUACGGCUUCAUGAACGUCACCAGGGUCCGGGCACCCCCUUGUAUCCGCCACUGGUGUAGAGGGUUGUUGAUGAUGUACAUAUUUGUGAACCCCGAGUUGUAUUGCAGUUACUCAGGACCACAAUUCGGGUUGGACGUUGAAUAUUCAUCAGAAGACAUGGGGCGCUUAAGAGUUCAAGAUGUGGGAGAAGGCAGUGUGAAAAUUAGGCUUUAUGAAGGAAGAAUAACUCAGGGUCCACUUAGAGGGACUCCUGUUAUUUUUAAGGUUUAUCCUGGACAACAAGUUGGUGGUGUUGAGGCUGACAUGAUGGCUGCAAAUGAAUUAAAUGCUCAUGCUUUUCUUCAAAGCAGUUCAAAAACUGUCUCUCAGAACCUCCAAAUACUUCUUGGCGGGUUUGAGACGAAAACUGGGGAGCAGUGGCUUGCUUUCCGUAAUGGUGGGAAAUACAGUGCUGCAGACUAUGCAAAAGUUACGAGUGAAAGAAUGUCAAAAGACAGUGCUCUGGGAGAAAAAAAGUUGUGGAAUCCUUUCGAGCAAGAGGAAACUAUAAAGCGAAGAAGAUAUUUUGUUAUUAAGUUGCUUCAUGGUGCUUUAUGCGGCCUAGCCUACAUGCAUGACCGUGAAAGACUGCACCAAAGUCUUGGACCUUCUUCAGUCGUUCUCAACACGGUGGUUGAGAAAGAUGCUGCUUACCUCGUUCCACGGCUUCGGGAUCUUGCCUUUUCAGUUGACAUACGGUAUCCAAAACUAGAGGAAGGUUCAGGAACAUUAUCAGAAGGACUCUGGAGACGGGCAUCUGCAGCUGGUGCAUUCACUCCUAUGGAAAAAAGAGCCUUUGGAAUAGCAGAUGACAUAUACGAGGCCGGUCUUCUUUUUGCGUACUUGGCUUUUAUUCCGUUUUGUGAAGUAGGAAUCAUGGAUAGCCUUUCAUUGCAAAGGCUUCUGGAAAGCACUUUCAAACUUGAUCUUGAAGCUAUCAGAGAGUAUUGUUUAGCUGAUGACCGCUUGCUAGAAGCUGUGAACUUUCUGGAUCUUGGAAAUGGUGCAGGUUGGGAGUUGCUGCAGGCUAUGUUGAACCCUGACUUCCGGAAUCGGCCAAUAGCAGAAGCUGUAUUGAACCAUCGAUUCAUGACAGGCUCUGUUCUAUUUUAAACACCCGAAUACAUACGUGAGAGAAUAAUUGAGUUGGCUAUUAGCUGCUUCACAGGAUAACAUCUUUUCGAAUUUUACUUGUCUGUUGGGAGGAGAAUUCUCGAAAGUGUGGUUUCUACGUUGCAACUUGUAAAUAUUAUGUUGAUGGGUAUAAAAGAAGUUAGAGUUUUUAUA